AUGUCAAUUAUUAUUAAUUUCUAUGAUCAAUAUUCAUCAUCAUACAAUGAUUCACAUUAUUGGCAUGGAAAUAAUUCAAAUUCAUAUGAUAUUUAUGGUUCAAUACUGGUGGAAAUUCCUCAAUUUCAACAUCCAUCUCAUACACUUUUACAACAAAAUAGUUUUACUCAACAAGUUUAUCUUAAAUAUAAACAAGAAUGUCUUGAUGGUAAAAAAGACAACGUUGAUUGUAGAGAAAAAAAAGAUUAUUAGUUCAGUACAUGUUUACAAUAUUUCGAGAGAAACAAGCUACUGUCAAAAAAAAAUGAAAUUAUGUUACAUUGAACGUAAAAAAACGAGUCUUUUAAUGACUAAAGAAGAGUCAACAUAUCUAGAAACAACAAUGAAAAUUACUCUCCGGUAAAAAUCAGAGUCUAGAAAGACUUAUAUUCUUAUUUAAAUAGCUAAUAGAGAAUAUGUCUGUUGCUA